AUGGGGAGGAAGAAGAAGGCUACUGCUCCGGUAACUUCUCCGGUGGCUUCGGAAGAUGAUUCUCGGACGAUUCCUGCUACUUGUGAUAACAUUCAAGGCAAUACUGAUGCUCGAAAUGGAAACCCAGAUGAUUCCAGUUCUGCGCUGAUUGAAGACGAUGAUGAACUCAUUCACUCAGAUCUAGUGCAUCCUUCGGCUGGUAUGAUUCCUAAGAAACUCCAUAGAGUUAUAAUUGCACUAAAUCGUGAGCUGGGCUUAACCUGGAAUGGUCGAUUGAAUGAAAAAAAUUGUACGGACUCUGUUUUUUCAGAAUCCCCUGCUGUUGUCCCUGUUGUGAUUGAACCAAGUAAUGGAAACUAUACUAACUGCAAUGCUAGUGCUCAUGUGAUUAUAGACCCUGUUGUUACUCUUCCUGCUGAUCCUUGGAAACACUUAUUUGUUGGUUCGAAAAUGGCUUCGAAGGGGGCUGAGCUUGGAUUUAUUAAUCCUCUUGUUAAAGAUGGUAGGAAAGUAGCUCAACUCCAGCAGAAGGAGUUGGAUUCUAUGGCUGAUAAGUGGCAGGCUGCGAUAGUCAUGUAUGUGGUGGGUGAUUCCCCCACUAUUGCCUUUGUUAAGAGGUUUAUGGCUGCUGUGUGGAGCAAUAUGACACAACCACAGGUCUUCUACCAUGAUGAGGGUUACUUCAUCCUUAAGUUUGCUAAUGUAGAGGACAAAAACACUAUAGUUGCUGGUGGACCCUAUACCUUCUAUGGUAAACCUGUCAUUAUUAAGCCUUGGGUAGCAAAUUUCAAUUUCUAUGAAGAAGUUCUUAAGGUUAUUCCACUGUGGGUGAAAUUUCCUAACCUUCCUCUCAACUGUUGGGGUAGUGAUUAUCUCAGCAGGAUCAGCAGCUUGCUUGGAGUUCCUUUAUUUGCAGAUGGGUGCACAACAAGGCAAGAAAGGGUUUCCUUUGCUAGGGUACUAAUUGAAAUGGAUGUCACUAAUCCAUUGCCUGGUCAUGUUUGGAUAGAGGAUACUACUGGGAAAGCUUUUAAGCAACCAGUGUCAUAUGAUUGGAAGCCACAAUUCUGUAAACCUUGCAAUGUAGUGGGUCAUGACUGUGAUAAACUACAAAAGGCUAAACCUGUCAAACCAGCUGUGAAGAAAGUAUGGGUGCCAAAGCAGAUGCAACAGGCUGAACAACCACAGGUUGUUAGUAACAAUGCACAUACACCACCUCACACUCAAGUUGUUCCACAAGCUAGUGGAAAUGUUGACUGGCAGAUUGUAACCAGAAGGACCAAAGAGCCUUCUAGAAUGAGAAACAUGAGUCCUAGUAAUCCAUUCACAGUUCUUUCAAGUGAUUUGGGGUUCAAAGAAAUAACUGAUGGGGAUAUGACUGAAGUUGGAGAUGACCACACUGUUACUCAAGCACCUAAUCAUGAAGAAGCCUUAAUUGAAACUAGAGUUAAAGAAACAAAGUUCAAGCAAAUUUCUAGUAAGUUUGGUAGAUACUGGAGUUGGGGAGAAAACUAUAAAGACAAUCCUAGGGGCAGGAUUUGGUUAGGUUGGCAACACCUUGAGGUGGAUUUAUCUAUCUUAACAUGCCAUGAGCAGUUUAUUCACUGUGUGGUUAGAGAUAGGACUGGGUGUGUUUAUUUGUACUUCACUGCAGUGUAUGGACUGCAUACUAUUGAGGAUAGGAAAAGUUUAUGGUCAGCUCUGUUACAGAUUCAAGCCAGUGUGGGGGCAUACCCAUGGAUCUUGUCAGGUGACUUUAACACCAUAUUGGCUGAUGGUGAUAGAAUAAAUGGAUGUCCUAUUACAGCUGCUGAAACUUGUGACUUUAACAAUUUUGUUGUUUCUGCUGGAUUGUGUGUUCUGCAGAGUGUUGGGGGUUAUUUUUCUUGGCAUAAAGGGGCUGGUGAGGGGAAAGUAGCAAGUAGAAUAGAUUGGUGCUUGGGUAAUCCUGCCUGGGUGAUGAAAUUCAGUGGGGUGCCUGUGCAGUAUUUAAACUUUUCUAUCUCUGAUCAUGUGCCUUUAAUGAUCUCUUGCUUACCUGAUGUUCCAGAAGGGGGUAAACCUUUUAGAUUCUUGAAUUUUCUUGCUGAUCAUACACAGUUUGCACCAUUGGUGAAAGCAGUUUGGGAUUCUCCUGGCGCUGGUACAUGUAUGUUCCAACUUUGGUGUAAACUGAAACAGGUGAAGUGUAAGUUGAAGAGUCUCCAUAGCGAGGAAUUUGCUGGUAUUGCUGAGAAGAUUGACAAAGCUAGAACCUUGUUGGCAUCUGUACAACAAGAUUUGGUUACUGCUCCUACCACUGAGUUGCACCUGCAAGAAAUUGAAUGUAUAGCUGACUUGAGGAAAUGGCUCAGAGUAGAUGAGAUUGCUCUAAGGCAAAAAUCUAGAAUUCAGUGGUUGCAGAAGGAAGUUAUCUCUUUCUAUAAAGCUUUGCUUGGCUCUUCUGCUCCUUCUCUCCCUUCUGUGCACUUGCCUACUUUGAGAAAAGGGCCAACACUUAGUGUUUCUGCUAAGAAGUGGCUGAUUAGACAGGUUACUAAUGAUGAAAUUGAUCUAGCCCUGAAAGCUAUUGGAGAUGAUAAAGCUCCUGGUUUGGAUGGUCUUAAUGCUGUUUUCUUUAAGAAGUCUUGGCAUAUAAUCAAGGAGGAUGUUUAUAGAGCAGUAAAGGAGUUGUUCUUGUCUAACACUAUGUUACCUCAGUUCAACACUACAUCCAUCACUCUUGUUCCCAAAGUUCUUAACCCUACUUUGGUUAAAGACUUUAGACCUAUUGCUUGCUGCAAUGUGGUCUACAAAUUGGUUUCUAAAGUGUUAACCACUAGAAUGCAAGCUGUGAUUAGUGAAGUUGUGAAUGAAGCUCAAUCAGGGUUUAUUCCUGCAAGAUAG